AUGGGUAGUGCGGAGAGCAGCUUGUACCAGCAGCGCUUCCCAAGGUUUCUUCCGGAGGAGCUCGCAGAAAUCGAUAGAGUGUUUAACACUUUAUCUGGGUCAGAUGGGCCUGUCAAAGGAAAGGACGGAAAGGCAGCAAAGAGGACUGUGUCCCUGGCGAUGUUCAAGGCCUACCUCAAGGAAGCACUGCCCGAAUCAAUGAUCCUUAGGCUCUACAAUGGGAUGAAAAGUGUCAAAGUGUCUGAGAAAUCCUCGGGCCCCAAUGACCAGGUGGGGAAAGAGCAGUUUGUGAUGUUCCUGGCGGUGCUUACCAAAGGCUAUGUUGAGGACAAGAGCGACAUUGUCAUGAAAAUGAUAUCGAAGGCAGACGAGACUGUGAAGGGAAGCCAGAUUCUAGAGUUUGCAGAAGAUCUGGUCGGCUCUCUGGUACAUGUCCUGGACUACAGGAACGAGCUGAAGGGCUGGAGCCUGCAGAACACUCGAGAUCCGAUUGCCGGCACAAGGGCUUUGGCCUCCCAGCUGGUGUCUGAACUGAAACUUGCAGAUGGUAAGAAGGUGGAAGGAGCUCAGAUCCCGGAUGCCGUCUGUGAUAAAAGCAGCCUGGAAGAGUGGGUGUGUCGAGCUCCCCAGGUCUCUGCAUUCCUCAGCGUGGUGAUCCGGCAGGGGCUGCUCGUCCUGCAGUCUCUCCCCGACCGAGCCGAAGACACCCUCCGCUUGCUUCCCAGGUGCAAAGGCAUCCGAAGCGGCUUCGUCAGCCUGCUGGACGUCCCCUCCAUCGUCUACCUCAACUCCUGCCUGCCUACGGAGGUCCAGCACAGGUGGCGGCUGCUCUUUGCCUCCCGGCUGCACGGGGAGAGCUUCAUGCAGCUGUUCGACCACAUCGUGAAGAAGGGGCCCUGUCUGCUGGUCGUGAAGGACUCAGAUGGCUACGUCUUUGGUGGCUUCGCCUCGUGUCCCUGGGAAGCCAAGCCGCAGUUUCAAGGUGAUAGCCGCUGCUUUUUGUUUUCUGUGUCUCCCUCGCUCGCGGCCUUCACCUGCACUGGCUACAAUGACCACUUCAUGUACCUGAACCUCAGGCAGCAGACGAUGCCGAAUGGGCUUGGCAUGGGGGGUCAGCAUGACUAUUUUGGGCUUUGGAUAGACAGCAACUAUGGGAAAGGGCACAGCAAAGCCAAGCCUCGAUGCACCACGUACAACAGCCCACAGCUGUCAGCUCAGGAGGACUUCACGCUGGAUGCCCUGGAGGUGUGGGCAGUAGGGGACCCCCCGGAAAGCGACACUGCUAAAGGAAAGAAGAGCAUUCUGGACUCAGACCCCGAGGCCCAGGCCUUGCUGGAGAUGAUCGGGAGAAACCGUCAAAGCGAAGGAUUGCGGCAGCCAGUGGAGGACGACGAGGAUAAUUGA